AUGGAGGAGACCGCGCUCGGAGUUGGCCCGUCUGGGGGCGCUCAGAAUACGAUGCGAAGGCGUAGUGCCCGCGGGCGACCUGGAGAUAUUGUGGGUGAGGCCAGCUGGUCCAGCAGUGUCAUCAACCUGCUUAAUACCAUCAUCGGUGCCGGUGUGCUUGCAAUGCCCCUAGCAAUCUCCCAUAUGGGAAUUGUUUUGGGCGUUUGCGUGGUUCUGUGGUCUGGACUCACCGCAGGAUUCGGCCUCUACUUGCAAUCGCUGUGCGCGCAGUAUCUCGACCGAGGAAGCGCGUCCUUUUUCGCACUGUCGCAAUUGACAUAUCCCAACGCCGCCGUGGUCUUUGAUGCUGCGAUCGCGAUCAAAUGCUUCGGAGUCGGAGUGAGCUAUCUUAUCAUCAUCGGCGACCUGAUGCCAGGUGUGGUACAGGGCUUUGUUGGCAGCGAGCCAGGAUACGAUUUCCUGGUAGACCGCCAAUUUUGGAUUACAGCUUUCAUGUUGAUCGUGAUUCCUCUUUCCUACCUCCGCCGAUUAGAUUCUUUGAAGUAUACUAGUAUCGCAGCCUUGGUAUCCAUGGCCUACUUGGUUGUCUUGAUUGUGUAUAAUUUUGUCAAGGGAGAUACAAUGGAAGACCGGGGACCGGUUCGUGUGGGCCAUUGGGCUGGCGCAGUUCCAACCCUCCGAAGUCUUCCAGUCAUUGUGUUUGCAUUUACUUGCCACCAGAAUAUGUUCUCCAUCCUUAACGAAAUUGCCAAUAACAGCCAUUUCCGCACGACUGCCGUUAUUCUUGCGAGCAAUGGUAGCGCCGCUGCAACCUACAUCCUCGCUGGAAUCACUGGAUACUUAUCCUUUGGCAACAGUGUGGGCGGCAAUAUUGUCGGCAUGUAUCCACCUGGCGUGUAUGCAACCAUAGGACGCGCUGCGAUCGUCAUGCUGGUGGUCUUCUCUUAUCCCCUACAAUGCCACCCAUGCCGGGCAUCAGUCGAUGCCGUCCUCAAAUGGCGUCCGCGAAAGCGAGCCAUUGGUGCAGAGGGUUCCCCACACCGACACCCUCUGUUAGGCCCACGCGGCAAUCGCAUUCCGGAAGCAAUGACCGAUCUCCGUUUCUCUGUUAUCACAACCACCAUCCUAAUUCUGAGCUACCUUGUUGCCAUGACUGUCUCGUCUCUCGAAGCAGUGCUGGCAUACGUCGGAAGCACGGGCAGCACGAGCAUCAGCUUCAUCCUUCCCGGCUUAUUCUACUACAAGAUCUCCUCGCCCGACUCCCCUACCCACCGCGGACUAAUGAAAGAGGACGACGAGGCGGAGGGUGAUUUCUUAGAAGACGAUGACGAUGAAGAGGGUGAAGGCACCCUUGCUCGCUCAUUGACCGAAAGUGGCCUUUUGCCCCGUGGAAACCGCCACUGGCGCAAAGCCAUUCUUCGCCGCCUCAGCCUGGCAUUGGUCAUCUACGGCCUUCUUGUCAUGGUCGUGUGCUUGAUUACGAACAUCUAUUUCGAAGCCUCGUCUUAA